AGACAAUGAAAUAAGAAUAGGAAGAAUUAUAGUGAUAGUCUUAACUUCCAUUGGAAUCAAAUUGAAAGUUCAAUUUCUUUAUUUUGGUUCCAAACUUCCAAAAAAUUUUUUAAGCUCAGCAAGAGCAGAAGAGUCACAAAAUAGAGAAUUAUGGUUAAGUGAAGUGACCUAUUUAAUUGAUCCAUCUACUGUUAUUGGGCCAGUUAUAGUUUGGCUUCAAGACACAUCUGAGCCAUCUGAUUAG